AUGGAACACACCAUGAUGCGCCUGCCCUUCCUGUCGUUUGAGGCCGUCGGAUUGGCGGCGAAAUCUACGGUGGAGCAGUGGAAGGCGGAGACCAAGGGGAAGGCGUUUAUGACUCUAGAACAGCUCAUUAUUGAGUCGACUAAAAAAUCGAGGAGAAUGGGGUUUGAAGGGGUGGAGUUCAUUUUUGAGUCGACUAAAAAAUCGAGGAGAAUGGGGUUCGAAGGGGUGGAGUUCAUUUUUGAGUCGACUAAAAAAUCGAGAAUGGGGUUUGAAGGGGUGGAGUUCAUUUUUGAGGCGACUCAAAAAUCGAGGAGAAUGGGGUUUGAAGGGGUGGAGUUCAUUUUUGAGUCGACUAAAAAAUCGAGGAGAAUGGGGUUCGAAGGGGUGGAGUUCAUUUUUGAGUCGACUAAAAAAUCGAGAAUGGGGUUUGAAGGGGUGGAGUUCAUUUUUGAGGCGACUCAAAAAUCGAGGAGAAUGGGGUUUGAAGGGGUGGAGUUCAUUUUUGAGUCGACUCAAAAAUCGAGGAGAAUGGGGUUUGAAGGGGUGGAGUUCAUUUUUGAGUCGACUCAAAAAUCGAGAAUGGGGUUUGAAGGGGUGGAGUUCAUUUUUGAGGCGACUCAAAAAUCGAGGAGAAUGGGGUUUGAAGGGGUGGAGUUCAUUUUUGAGUCGACUAAAAAAUCGAGGAGAAUGGGGUUCGAAGGGGUGGAGUUCAUUUUUGAGUCGAUUAAAAAAUUGAGAAUGGGGUUUGAAGGGGUGGAGUUCAUUUUUGAGGCGACUCAAAAAUCGAGGAGAAUGGGGUUUGAAGGGGUGGAGUUCAUUUUUGAGUCGACUAAAAAAUCGAGGAGAAUGGGGUUCGAAGGGGUGGAGUUCAUUUUUGAGUCGACUCAAAAAUCGAGAAUGGGGUUUGAAGGGGUGGAGUUCAUUUUUGAGGCGACUCAAAAAUCGAGGAGAAUGGGGUUUGAAGGGGUGGAGUUCAUUUUUGAGUCGACUCAAAAAUCGAGGAGAAUGGGGUUUGAAGGGGUGGAGUUCAUUUUUGAGUCGACUCAAAAAUCGAGAAUGGGGUUUGAAGGGGUGGAGUUCAUUUUUGAGGCGACUCAAAAAUCGAGGAGAAUGGGGUUUGAAGGGGUGGAGUUCAUUUUUGAGUCGACUAAAAAAUCGAGGAGAAUGGGGUUCGAAGGGGUGGAGUUCAUUUUUGAGUCGACUAAAAAAUCGAGAAUGGGGUUUGAAGGGGUGGAGUUCAUUUUUGAGGCGACUCAAAAAUCGAGGAGAAUGGGGUUUGAAGGGGUGGAGUUCAUUUUUGAGUCGACUCAAAAAUCGAGGAGAAUGGGGUUUGAAGGGGUGGAAUUCAUUUUUGAGGCGACUCAAAAAUCGAGGAGAAUGGGGUUUGAAGGGGUGGAGUUCAUUUUUGAGGCGACUCAAAAAUCGAGGAGAAUGGGGUUUGAAGGGGUGGAGUUCAUUUUUGAGGCGACUCAAAAAUCGAGGAGAAUGGGGGGUGGAGUUCAUUUUGAGGCGACUAAAAAAUCGAGGAGAAUGGGGUUUGAAGGGGUGGAGUUCAUUUUUGAGUCGACUCAAAAAUCGAGGAGAAUGGGGUUUGAAGGGGUGGAGUUCAUUUUUGAGUCGACUCAAAAAUCGAGAAUGGGGUUUGAAGGGGUGGAGUUCAUUUUUGAGGCGACUCAAAAAUCGAGGAGAAUGGGGUUUGAAGGGGUGGAGUUCAUUUUUGAGGCGACUCAAAAAUCGAGGAGAAUGGGGUUUGAAGGGGUGGAGUUCAUUUUUGAGUCGACUCAAAAAUCGAGGAGAAUGGGGUUUGAAGGGGUGGAGUUCAUUUUUGAGUCGACUAAAAAAUCGAGAAUGGGGUUUGAAGGGGUGGAGUUCAUUUUUGAGUCGACUAAAAAAUCGAGGAGAAUGGGGUUCGAAGGGGUGGAGUUCAUUUUUGAGUCGACUAAAAAAUCGAGAAUGGGGUUUGAAGGGGUGGAGUUCAUUUUUGAGGCGACUCAAAAAUCGAGGAGAAUGGGGUUUGAAGGGGUGGAGUUCAUUUUUGAGUCGACUCAAAAAUCGAGGAGAAUGGGGUUCGAAGGGGUGGAGUUCAUUUUUGAGUCGACUAAAAAAUCGAGAAUGGGGUUUGAAGGGGUGGAGUUCAUUUUUGAGGCGACUAAAAAAUCGAGGAGAAUGGGGUUUGAAAGGGUGGAGUUCAUUUUUGAGGCGACUCAAAAAUCGAGGAGAAUGGGGUUUGAAGGGGUGGAGUUCAUUUUUGAGGCGACUCAAAAAUCGAGGAGAAUGGGGUUUGAAGGGGUGGAGUUCAUUUUUGAGUCGACUCAAAAAUCGAGGAGAAUGGGGUUUGAAGGGGUGGAGUUCAUUUUUGAGUCGACUCAAAAAUCGAGAAUGGGGUUUGAAGGGGUGGAGUUCAUUUUUGAGGCGACUCAAAAAUCGAGGAGAAUGGGGUUUGAAGGGGUGGAGUUCAUUUUUGAGUCGACUAAAAAAUCGAGGAGAAUGGGGUUCGAAGGGGUGGAGUUCAUUUUUGAGUCGAUUAAAAAAUUGAGAAUGGGGUUUGAAGGGGUGGAGUUCAUUUUUGAGGCGACUCAAAAAUCGAGGAGAAUGGGGUUUGAAGGGGUGGAGUUCAUUUUUGAGUCGACUAAAAAAUCGAGGAGAAUGGGGUUCGAAGGGGUGGAGUUCAUUUUUGAGUCGACUAAAAAAUCGAGAAUGGGGUUUGAAGGGGUGGAGUUCAUUUUUGAGGCGACUCAAAAAUCGAGGAGAAUGGGGUUUGAAGGGGUGGAGUUCAUUUUUGAGUCGACUAAAAAAUCGAGGAGAAUGGGGUUUGAAGGGGUGGAGUUCAUUUUUGAGUCGACUCAAAAAUCGAGAAUGGGGUUUGAAGGGGUGGAGUUCAUUUUUGAGGCGACUCAAAAAUCGAGGAGAAUGGGGUUUGAAGGGGUGGAGUUCAUUUUUGAGUCGACUAAAAAAUCGAGGAGAAUGGGGUUCGAAGGGGUGGAGUUCAUUUUUGAGUCGACUAAAAAAUCGAGAAUGGGGUUUGAAGGGGUGGAGUUCAUUUUUGAGGCGACUCAAAAAUCGAGGAGAAUGGGGUUUGAAGGGGUGGAGUUCAUUUUUGAGGCGACUCAAAAAUCGAGGAGAAUGGGGUUUGAAGGGGUGGAAUUCAUUUUUGAGGCGACUCAAAAAUCGAGGAGAAUGGGGUUUGAAGGGGUGGAGUUCAUUUUUGAGGCGACUCAAAAAUCGAGGAGAAUGGGGUUUGAAGGGGUGGAGUUCAUUUUUGAGGCGACUCAAAAAUCGAGGAGAAUGGGGUUUGAAGAGGUGGAGUUCAUUUUUGAGUCGACUCAAAAAUCGAGGAGAAUGGGGUUUGAAGGGGUGGAGUUCAUUUUUGAGUCGACUCAAAAAUCGAGAAUGGGGUUUGAAGGGGUGGAGUUCAUUUUUGAGGCGACUCAAAAUCGAGGAGAAUGGGGGGUGGAGUUCAUUUUUGAGGCGACUCAAAAAUCGAGGAGAAUGGGGUUUGAAGGGGUGGAGUUCAUUUUUGAGUCGACUAAAAAAUCGAGGAGAAUGGGGUUCGAAGGGGUGGAGUUCAUUUUUGAGUCGACUAAAAAAUCGAGAAUGGGGUUUGAAGGGGUGGAGUUCAUUUUUGAGGCGACUCAAAAAUCGAGGAGAAUGGGGUUUGAAGGGGUGGAGUUCAUUUUUGAGUCGACUCAAAAAUCGAGGAGAAUGGGGUUUGAAGGGGUGGAGUUCAUUUUUGAGUCGACUCAAAAAUCGAGAAUGGGGUUUGAAGGGGUGGAGUUCAUUUUUGAGGCGACUCAAAAAUCGAGGAGAAUGGGGUUUGAAGGGGUGGAGUUCAUUUUUGAGUCGACUCAAAAAUCGAGGAGAAUGGGGUUUGAAGGGGUGGAGUUCAUUUUUGAGUCGACUCAAAAAUCGAGAAUGGGGUUUGAAGGGGUGGAGUUCAUUUUUGAGGCGACUCAAAAAUCGAGGAGAAUGGGGUUUGAAGGGGUGGAGUUCAUUUUUGAGUCGACUAAAAAAUCGAGGAGAAUGGGGUUCGAAGGGGUGGAGUUCAUUUUUGAGUCGACUAAAAAAUCGAGAAUGGGGUUUGAAGGGGUGGAGUUCAUUUUUGAGGCGACUCAAAAAUCGAGGAGAAUGGGGUUUGAAGGGGUGGAGUUCAUUUUUGAGUCGACUCAAAAAUCGAGGAGAAUGGGGUUUGAAGGGGUGGAAUUCAUUUUUGAGGCGACUCAAAAAUCGAGGAGAAUGGGGUUUGAAGGGGUGGAGUUCAUUUUUGAGGCGACUCAAAAAUCGAGGAGAAUGGGGUUUGAAGGGGUGGAGUUCAUUUUUGAGGCGACUCAAAAAUCGAGGAGAAUGGGGUUUGAAGAGGUGGAGUUCAUUUUUGAGUCGACUCAAAAAUCGAGGAGAAUGGGGUUUGAAGGGGUGGAGUUCAUUUUUGAGUCGACUCAAAAAUCGAGAAUGGGGUUUGAAGGGGUGGAGUUCAUUUUUGAGGCGACUCAAAAUCGAGGAGAAUGGGGGGUGGAGUUCAUUUUUGAGUCGACUAAAAAAUCGAGAAUGGGGUUUGAAGGGGUGGAGUUCAUUUUUGAGGCGACUCAAAAAUCGAGGAGAAUGGGGUUUGAAGGGGUGGAGUUCAUUUUUGAGUCGACUCAAAAAUCGAGGAGAAUGGGGUUCGAAGGGGUGGAGUUCAUUUUUGAGUCGACUAAAAAAUCGAGAAUGGGGUUUGAAGGGGUGGAGUUCAUUUUUGAGGCGACUAAAAAAUCGAGGAGAAUGGGGUUUGAAGGGGUGGAGUUCAUUUUUGAGUCAACUCAAAAAUCGAGGAGAAUGGGGUUUGAAGGGGUGGAGUUCAUUUUUGAGUCGACUCAAAAAUCGAGAAUGCGGUUUGAAGGGGUGGAGUUCAUUUUUGAGGCGACUCAAAAAUCGAGGAGAAUGGGGUUUGAAGGGGUGGAGUUCAUUUUUGAGUCGACUAAAAAAUCGAGGAGAAUGGGGUUCGAAGGGGUGGAGUUCAUUUUUGAGUCGACUAAAAAAUCGAGAAUGGGGUUUGAAGGGGUGGAGUUCAUUUUUGAGGCGACUCAAAAAUCGAGGAGAAUGGGGUUUGAAGGGGUGGAGUUCAUUUUUGAGUCGACUAAAAAAUCGAGGAGAAUGGGGUUUGAAGGGGUGGAGUUCAUUUUUGAGGCGACUCAAAAAUCGAGGAGAAUGGGGUUUGAAGGGGUGGAGUUCAUUUUUGAGGCGAAUCAAAAAUCGAGGAGAAUGGGGUUUGAAGGGGUGGAGUUCAUUUUUGAGGCGACUCAAAAAUCGAGGAGAAUGGGGUUUGAAGGGGUGGAGUUCAUUUUUGAGGCGACUCAAAAAUCGAGAAUGGGGUUUGAAGGGGUGGAGUUCAUUUUUGAGGCGACUCAAAAAUCGAGGAGAAUGGGGUUUGAAGGGGUGGAGUUCAUUUUUGAGUCGACUCAAAAAUCGAGGAGAAUGGGGUUCGAAGGGGUGGAGUUCAUUUUUGAGUCGACUAAAAAAUCGAGAAUGGGGUUUGAAGGGGUGGAGUUCAUUUUUGAGGCGACUCAAAAAUCGAGGAGAAUGGGGUUUGAAGGGGUGGAGUUCAUUUUUGAGUCGACUCAAAAAUCGAGGAGAAUGGGGUUUGAAGGGGUGGAGUUCAUUUUUGAGGCGACUCAAAAAUCGAGGAGAAUGGGGUUUGAAGGGGUGGAGUUCAUUUUGAGGGUGGAGUUCAUUUUUGAGUCGACUAAAAAAUCGAGGAGAAUGGGGUUUGAAGGGGUGGAGUUCAUUUUUGAGUCGACUAAAAAAUCGAGGAGAAUGGGGUUCGAAGGGGUGGAGUUCAUUUUUGAGUCGACUAAAAAAUCGAGAAUGGGGUUUGAAGGGGUGGAGUUCAUUUUUGAGGCGACUCAAAAAUCGAGGAGAAUGGGGUUUGAAGGGGUGGAGUUCAUUUUUGAGUCGACUCAAAAAUCGAGGAGAAUGGGGUUUGAAGGGGUGGAGUUCAUUUUUGAGGCGACUCAAAAAUCGAGGAGAAUGGGGUUUGAAGGGGUGGAGUUCAUUUUUGAGUCGACUCAAAAAUCGAGGAGAAUGGGGUUCGAAGGGGUGGAGUUCAUUUUUGAGUCGACUAAAAAAUCGAGAAUGGGGUUUGAAGGGGUGGAGUUCAUUUUUGAGGCGACUCAAAAAUCGAGGAGAAUGGGGUUUGAAGGGGUGGAGUUCAUUUUUGAGUCGACUCAAAAAUCGAGGAGAAUGGGGUUUGAAGGGGUGGAGUUCAUUUUUGAGUCGACUCAAAAAUCGAGAAUGGGGUUUGAAGGGGUGGAGUUCAUUUUUGAGGCGACUCAAAAAUCGAGGAGAAUGGGGUUUGAAGGGGUGGAGUUCAUUUUUGAGUCGACUAAAAAAUCGAGGAGAAUGGGGUUCGAAGGGGUGGAGUUCAUUUUUGAGUCGACUAAAAAAUCGAGAAUGGGGUUUGAAGGGGUGGAGUUCAUUUUUGAGGCGACUCAAAAAUCGAGGAGAAUGGGGUUUGAAGGGGUGGAGUUCAUUUUUGAGGCGACUAAAAAAUCGAGGAGAAUGGGGUUUGAAGGGGUGGAGUUCAUUUUUGAGGCGACUCAAAAAUCGAGGAGAAUGGGGUUUGAAGGGGUGGAGUUCAUUUUUGAGGCGACUCAAAAAUCGAGGAGAAUGGGGUUUGAAGGGGUGGAGUUCAUUUUUGAGUCGACUAAAAAAUCGAGGAGAAUGGGGUUUGAAGGGGUGGAGUUCAUUUUUGAGUCGACUAAAAAAUCGAGGAGAAUGGGGUUCGAAGGGGUGGAGUUCAUUUUUGAGUCGACUAAAAAAUCGAGAAUGGGGUUUGAAGGGGUGGAGUUCAUUUUUGAGGCGACUCAAAAAUCGAGGAGAAUGGGGUUUGAAGGGGUGGAGUUCAUUUUUGAGUCGACUAAAAAAUCGAGAAUGGGGUUUGAAGGGGUGGAGUUCAUUUUUGAGGCGACUCAAAAAUCGAGGAGAAUGGGGUUUGAAGGGGUGGAGUUCAUUUUUGAGUCGACUAAAAAAUCGAGGAGAAUGGGGUUUGAAGGGGUGGAGUUCAUUUUUGAGGCGACUCAAAAAUCGAGGAGAAUGGGGUUUGAAGGGGUGGAGUUCAUUUUUGAGUCGACUAAAAAAUCGAGGAGAAUGGGGUUUGAAGGGGUGGAGUUCAUUUUUGAGGCGACUCAAAAAUCGAGGAGAAUGGGGUUUGAAGGGGUGGAGUUCAUUUUUGAGGCGACUAAAAAAUCGAGGAGAAUGGGGUUUGAAGGGGUGGAGUUCAUUUUUGAGGCGACUCAAAAAUCGAGGAGAAUGGGGUUUGAAGGGGUGGAGUUCAUUUUUGAGUCGACUCAAAAAUCGAGGAGAAUGGGGUUUGAAGGGGUGGAGUUCAUUUUUGAGUCGACUCAAAAAUCGAGAAUGGGGUUUGAAGGGGUGGAGUUCAUUUUUGAGGCGACUCAAAAAUCGAGGAGAAUGGGGUUUGAAGAGGUGGAGUUCAUUUUUGAGUCGACUAAAAAAUCGAGGAGAAUGGGGUUCGAAGGGGUGGAGUUCAUUUUUGAGUCGACUAAAAAAUCGAGAAUGGGGUUUGAAGGGGUGGAGUUCAUUUUUGAGGCGACUCAAAAAUCGAGGAGAAUGGGGUUUGAAGGGGUGGAGUUCAUUUUUGAGUCGACUCAAAAAUCGAGGAGAAUGGGGUUCGAAGGGGUGGAGUUCAUUUUUGAGUCGACUAAAAAAUCGAGAAUGGGGUUUGAAGGGGUGGAGUUCAUUUUUGAGGCGACUCAAAAAUCGAGGAGAAUGGGGUUUGAAGGGGUGGAGUUCAUUUUUGAGUCGACUCAAAAAUCGAGGAGAAUGGGGUUUGAAGGGGUGGAGUUCAUUUUUGAGUCGACUCAAAAAUCGAGAAUGGGGUUUGAAGGGGUGGAGUUCAUUUUUGAGGCGACUCAAAAAUCGAGGAGAAUGGGGUUUGAAGGGGUGGAGUUCAUUUUUGAGUCGACUCAAAAAUCGAGGAGAAUGGGGUUUGAAGGGGUGGAGUUCAUUUUUGAGUCGACUCAAAAAUCGAGAAUGGGGUUUGAAGGGGUGGAGUUCAUUUUUGAGGCGACUCAAAAAUCGAGGAGAAUGGGGUUUGAAGGGGUGGAGUUUAUUUUUGAGUCGACUAAAAAAUCGAGGAGAAUGGGGUUCGAAGGGGUGGAGUUCAUUUUUGAGUCGACUAAAAAAUCGAGAAUGGGGUUUGAAGGGGUGGAGUUCAUUUUUGAGGCGACUCAAAAAUCGAGGAGAAUGGGGUUUGAAGGGGUGGAGUUCAUUUUUGAGUCGACUCAAAAAUCGAGGAGAAUGGGGUUUGAAGGGGUGGAGUUCAUUUUUGAGGCGACUCAAAAAUCGAGGAGAAUGGGGUUUGAAGGGGUGGAGUUCAUUUUUGAGGCGACUCAAAAAUCGAGGAGAAUGGGGUUUGAAGGGGUGGAGUUCAUUUUUGAGUCGACUCAAAAAUCGAGGAGAAUGGGGUUUGAAGGGGUGGAGUUCAUUUUGAGGCGACUCAAAAAUCGAGAAUGGGGGGUGGAGUUCAUUUUUGAGGCGACUCAAAAAUCGAGGAGAAUGGGGUUCGAAGGGGUGGAGUUCAUUUUUGAGUCGACUAAAAAAUCGAGGAGAAUGGGGUUUGAAGGGGUGGAGUUCAUUUUUGAGGCGACUCAAAAAUCGAGGAGAAUGGGGUUCGAAGGGGUGGAGUUCAUUUUUGAGGCGACUCAAAAAUCGAGAAUGGGGUUUGAAGGGGUGGAGUUCAUUUUUGAGGCGACUCAAAAAUCGAGGAGAAUGGGGUUUGAAGGGGUGGAGUUCAUUUUUGAGGCGACUCAAAAAUCGAGGAGAAUGGGGUUUGAAGGGGUGGAGUUCAUUUUUGAGGCGACUCAAAAAUCGAGGAGAAUGGGGUUUGAAGGGGUGGAGUUCAUUUUUGAGGCGACUCAAAAAUCGAGGAGAAUGGGGUUUGAAGGGGUGGAGUUCAUUUUUGAGUCGACUAAAAAAUCGAGGAGAAUGGGGUUCGAAGGGGUGGAGUUCAUUUUUGAGUCGACUAAAAAAUCAAGAAUGGGGUUUGAAGGGGUGGAGUUCAUUUUUGAGGCGACUCAAAAAUCGAGGAGAAUGGGGUUUGAAGGGGUGGAGUUCAUUUUUGAGGCGACUCAAAAAUCGAGGAGAAUGGGGUUUGAAGGGGUGGAGUUCAUUUUUGAGGCGACUCAAAAAUCGAGGAGAAUGGGGUUUGAAGGGGUGGAGUUCAUUUUUGAGUCGACUAAAAAAAUCGAGGAGAAUGGGGUUCGAAGGGGGGUGGAGUUCAUUUUUGAGUCGACUCAAAAAUCGAGGAGAAUGGGGUUUGAAGGGGUGGAGUUCAUUUUUGAGGCGACUCAAAAAUCGAGGAGAAUGGGGUUUGAAGGGGUGGAGUUCAUUUUUGAGGCGACUCAAAAAUCGAGGAGAAUGGGGUUUGAAGGGGUGGAGUUCAUUUUUGAGGCGACUCAAAAAUCGAGGAGAAUGGGGUUUGAAGGGGUGGAGUUCAUUUUUGAGGCGACUCAAAAAUCGAGGAGAAUGGGGUUCGAAGGGGUGGAGUUCAUUUUUGAGGCGACUAAAAAAUCGAGGAGAAUGGGGUUUGAAGGGGUGGAGUUCAUUUUUGAGGCGACUCAAAAAUCGAGGAGAAUGGGGUUUGAAGGGGUGGAGUUCAUUUUUGAGGCGACUAAAAAAUCGAGGAGAAUGGGGUUUGAAGGGGUGGAGUUCAUUUUUGAGGCGACUCAAAAAUCGAGGAGAAUGGGGUUUGAAGGGGUGGAGUUCAUUUUUGAGGCGACUCAAAAAUCGAGGAGAAUGGGGUUUGAAGGGGUGGAGUUCAUUUUUGAGGCGACUCAAAAAUCGAGGAGAAUGGGGUUUGAAGGGGUGGCGUUCAUUUUUGAGUCGACUCAAAAAUCGAGGAGAAUGGGGUUUGAAGGGGUGGAGUUCAUUUUUGAGGCGACUCAAAAAUCGAGGAGAAUGGGGUUUGAAGGGGUGGAGUUCAUUUUUGAGGCGACUCAAAAAUCGAGGAGAAUGGGGUUUGAAGGGGUGGAGUUCAUUUUUGAGGCGACUCAAAAAUCGAGGAGAAUGGGGUUUGAAGGGGUGGAGUUCAUUUUUGAGGCGACUCAAAAAUCGAGGAGAAUGGGGUUCGAAGGGGUGGAGUUCAUUUUUGAGUCGACUAAAAAAUCGAGGAGAAUGGGGUUUGAAGGGGUGGAGUUCAUUUUUGAGGCGACUCAAAAAUCGAGGAGAAUGGGGUUUGAAGGGGUGGAGUUCAUUUUUGAGGCGACUCAAAAAUCGAGGAGAAUGGGGUUCGAAGGGGUGGAGUUCAUUUUUGAGUCGACUAAAAAAUCGAGGAGAAUGGGGUUUGAAGGGGUGGAGUUCAUUUUUGAGGCGACUCAAAAAUCGAGGAGAAUGGGGUUUGAAGGGGUGGAGUUCAUUUUUGAGGCGAUUCAAAAAUCGAGGAGAAUGGGGUUCGAAGGGGUGGAGUUCAUUUUUGAGUCGACUAAAAAAUCGAGGAGAAUGGGGUUUGAAGGGGUGGAGUUCAUUUUUGAGGCGACUCAAAAAUCGAGGAGAAUGGGGUUUGAAGGGGUGGAGUUCAUUUUUGAGUCGACUAAAAAAUCGAGGAGAAUGGGGUUUGAAGGGGUGGAGUUCAUUUUUGAGGCGACUCAAAAAUCGAGGAGAAUGGGGUUUGAAGGGGUGGAGUUCAUUUUUGAGGCGACUCAAAAAUCGAGGAGAAUGGGGUUUGAAGGGGUGGAGUUCAUUUUUGAGGCGACUCAAAAAUCGAGGAGAAUGGGGUUUGAAGGGGUGGAGUUCAUUUUUGAGGCGACUCAAAAAUCGAGGAGAAUGGGGUUUGAAGGGGUGGAGUUCAUUUUUGAGUCGACUAAAAAAUCGAGGAGAAUGGGGUUUGAAGGGGUGGAGUUCAUUUUUGAGGCGACUCAAAAAUCGAGGAGAAUGGGGUUUGAAGGGGUGGAGUUCAUUUUUGAGGCGACUCAAAAAUCGAGGAGAAUGGGGUUUGAAGGGGUGGAGUUCAUUUUUGAGGCGACUCAAAAAUCGAGGAGAAUGGGGUUUGAAGGGGUGGAGUUCAUUUUUGAGUCGACUAAAAAAUCGAGGAGAAUGGGGUUUGAAGGGGUGGAGUUCAUUUUUGAGGCGACUCAAAAAUCGAGGAGAAUGGGGUUUGAAGGGGUGGAGUUCAUUUUUGAGGCGACUCAAAAAUCGAUGAGAAUGGGGUUCGAAGGGGUGGAGUUCAUUUUUGAGGCGACUCAAAAAUCGAGGAGAAUGGGGUUUGAAGGGGUGGAGUUCAUUUUUGAGGCGACUCAAAAAUCGAGGAGAAUGGGGUUUGAAGGGGUGGAGUUCAUUUUUGAGGCGACUCAAAAAUCGAGGAGAAUGGGGUUUGAAGGGGUGGAGUUCAUUUUUGAGGCGACUCAAAAAUCGAGGAGAAUGGGGUUUGAAGGGGUGGAGUUCAUUUUUGAGGCGACUCAAAAAUCGAGGAGAAUGGGGUUUGAAGGGGUGGAGUUCAUUUUUGAGGCGACUCAAAAAUCGAGGAGAAUGGGGUUUGAAGGGGUGGAGUUCAUUUUUGAGGCGACUCAAAAAUCGAGGAGAAUGGGGUUUGAAGGGGUGGAGUUCAUUUUUGAGGCGACUCAAAAAUCGAGGAGAAUGGGGUUCGAAGGGGUGGAGUUCAUUUUUGAGUCGACUAAAAAAUCGAGGAGAAUGGGGUUUGAAGGGGUGGAGUUCAUUUUUGAGGCGACUCAAAAAUCGAGGAGAAUGGGGUUUGAAGGGGUGGAGUUCAUUUUUGAGGCGACUCAAAAAUCGAGGAGAAUGGGGUUCGAAGGGGUGGAGUUCAUUUUUGAGGCGACUAAAAAAUCGAGGAGAAUGGGGUUUGAAGGGGUGGAGUUCAUUUUUGAGGCGACUCAAAAAUCGAGGAGAAUGGGGUUUGAAGGGGUGGAGUUCAUUUUUGAGGCGACUCAAAAAUCGAGGAGAAUGGGGUUCGAAGGGGUGGAGUUCAUUUUUGAGUCGACUAAAAAAUCGAGGAGAAUGGGGUUUGAAGGGGUGGAGUUCAUUUUUGAGGCGACUCAAAAAUCGAGGAGAAUGGGGUUUGAAGGGGUGGAGUUCAUUUUUGAGUCGACUAAAAAAUCGAGGAGAAUGGGGUUUGAAGGGGUGGAGUUCAUUUUUGAGGCGACUCAAAAAUCGAGGAGAAUGGGGUUUGAAGGGGUGGAGUUCAUUUUUGAGGCGACUCAAAAAUCGAGGAGAAUGGGGUUUGAAGGGGUGGAGUUCAUUUUUGAGGCGACUCAAAAAUCGAGGAGAAUGGGGUUCGAAGGGGUGGAGUUCAUUUUUGAGUCGACUAAAAAAUCGAGGAGAAUGGGGUUUGAAGGGGUGGAGUUCAUUUUUGAGGCGACUCAAAAAUCGAGGAGAAUGGGGUUUGAAGGGGUGGAGUUCAUUUUUGAGGCGACUCAAAAAUCGAGGAGAAUGGGGUUUGAAGGGGUGGAGUUCAUUUUUGAGGCGACUCAAAAAUCGAGGAGAAUGGGGUUUGAAGGGGUGGAGUUCAUUUUUGAGUCGACUAAAAAAUCGAGGAGAAUGGGGUUUGAAGGGGUGGAGUUCAUUUUUGAGGCGACUCAAAAAUCGAGGAGAAUGGGGUUUCGAAGGGGGGUGGAGUUCAUUUUUGAGGCGACUAAAAAAUCGAGGAGAAUGGGGUUUGAAGGGGUGGAGUUCAUUUUUGAGGCGACUCAAAAAUCGAGGAGAAUGGGGUUUGAAGGGGUGGAGUUCAUUUUUGAGGCGACUAAAAAAUCGAGGAGAAUGGGGUUUGAAGGGGUGGAGUUCAUUUUUGAGGCGACUCAAAAAUCGAGGAGAAUGGGGUUUGAAGGGGUGGAGUUCAUUUUUGAGGCGACUCAAAAAUCGAGGAGAAUGGGGUUUGAAGGGGUGGAGUUCAUUUUUGAGGCGACUCAAAAAUCGAGGAGAAUGGGGUUUGAAGGGGUGGAGUUCAUUUUUGAGUCGACUAAAAAAUCGAGGAGAAUGGGGUUUGAAGGGGUGGAGUUCAUUUUUGAGGCGACUCAAAAAUCGAGGAGAAUGGGGUUUGAAGGGGUGGAGUUCAUUUUUGAGGCGACUCAAAAAUCGAGGAGAAUGGGGUUUGAAGGGGUGGAGUUCAUUUUUGAGGCGACUCAAAAAUCGAGGAGAAUGGGGUUUGAAGGGGUGGAGUUCAUUUUUGAGGCGACUCAAAAAUCGAGGAGAAUGGGGUUUGAAGGGGUGGAGUUCAUUUUUGAGGCGACUCAAAAAUCGAGGAGAAUGGGGUUUGAAGGGGUGGAGUUCAUUUUUGAGGCGACUCAAAAAUCGAGGAGAAUGGGGUUUGAAGGGGUGGAGUUCAUUUUUGAGGCGACUCAAAAAUCGAGGAGAAUGGGGUUUGAAGGGGUGGAGUUCAUUUUUGAGGCGACUCAAAAAUCGAGGAGAAUGGGGUUUGAAGGGGUGGAGUUCAUUUUUGAGGCGACUCAAAAAUCGAGGAGAAUGGGGUUUGAAGGGGUGGAGUUCAUUUUUGAGGCGACUCAAAAAUCGAGGAGAAUGGGGUUUGAAGGGGUGGAGUUCAUUUUUGAGGCGACUCAAAAAUCGAGGAGAAUGGGGUUUGAAGGGGUGGAGUUCAUUUUUGAGGCGACUCAAAAAUCGAGGAGAAUGGGGUUUGAAGGGGUGGAGUUCAUUUUUGAGGCGACUCAAAAAUCGAGGAGAAUGGGGUUUGAAGGGGUGGAGUUCAUUUUUGAGGCGACUCAAAAAUCGAGGAGAAUGGGGUUUGAAGGGGUGGAGUUCAUUUUUGAGGCGACUCAAAAAUCGAGGAGAAUGGGGUUUGAAGGGGUGGAGUUCAUUUUUGAGGCGACUCAAAAAUCGAGGAGAAUGGGGUUUGAAGGGGUGGAGUUCAUUUUUGAGGCGACUCAAAAAUCGAGGAGAAUGGGGUUUGAAGGGGUGGAGUUCAUUUUUGAGGCGACUCAAAAAUCGAGGAGAAUGGGGUUUGAAGGGGUGGAGUUCAUUUUUGAGGCGACUCAAAAAUCGAGGAGAAUGGGGUUUGAAGGGGUGGAGUUCAUUUUUGAGUCGACUAAAAAAUCGAGGAGAAUGGGGUUUGAAGGGGUGGAGUUCAUUUUUGAGGCGACUCAAAAAUCGAGGAGAAUGGGGUUUGAAGGGGUGGAGUUCAUUUUUGAGGCGACUCAAAAAUCGAGGAGAAUGGGGUUUGAAGGGGUGGAGUUCAUUUUUGAGGCGACUCAAAAAUCGAGGAGAAUGGGGUUUGAAGGGGUGGAGUUCAUUUUUGAGGCGACUCAAAAAUCGAGGAGAAUGGGGUUUGAAGGGGUGGAGUUCAUUUUUGAGGCGACUCAAAAAUCGAGGAGAAUGGGGUUUCGAAGGGGGGUGGAGUUCAUUUUUGAGGCGACUCAAAAAUCGAGGAGAAUGGGGUUUGAAGGGGUGGAGUUCAUUUUUGAGGCGACUCAAAAAUCGAGGAGAAUGGGGUUUGAAGGGGUGGAGUUCAUUUUUGAGGCGACUCAAAAAUCGAGGAGAAUGGGGUUUGAAGGGGUGGAGUUCAUUUUUGAGGCGACUCAAAAAUCGAGGAGAAUGGGGUUUGAAGGGGUGGAGUUCAUUUUUGAGGCGACUCAAAAAUCGAGGAGAAUGGGGUUUGAAGGGGUGGAGUUCAUUUUUGAGGCGACUCAAAAAUCGAGGAGAAUGGGGUUUGAAGGGGUGGAGUUCAUUUUUGAGGCGACUCAAAAAUCGAGGAGAAUGGGGUUUGAAGGGGUGGAGUUCAUUUUUGAGGCGACUCAAAAAUCGAGGAGAAUGGGGUUUGAAGGGGUGGAGUUCAUUUUUGAGGCGACUCAAAAAUCGAGGAGAAUGGGGUUUGAAGGGGUGGAGUUCAUUUUUGAGGCGACUCAAAAAUCGAGGAGAAUGGGGUUUGAAGGGGUGGAGUUCAUUUUUGAGGCGACUCAAAAAUCGAGGAGAAUGGGGUUUGAAGGGGUGGAGUUCAUUUUUGAGGCGACUCAAAAAUCGAGGAGAAUGGGGUUUGAAGGGGGGUGGAGUUCAUUUUUGAGGCGACUCAAAAAAUCGAGGAGAAUGGGGUUUGAAGGGGUGGAGUUCAUUUUUGAGGCGACUCAAAAAUCGAGGAGAAUGGGGUUUGAAGGGGUGGAGUUCAUUUUUGAGGCGACUCAAAAAUCGAGGAGAAUGGGGUUUGAAGGGGUGGAGUUCAUUUUUGAGGCGACUCAAAAAUCGAGGAGAAUGGGGUUUGAAGGGGUGGAGUUCAUUUUUGAGGCGACUCAAAAAUCGAGGAGAAUGGGGUUUGAAGGGGUGGAGUUCAUUUUUGAGGCGACUCAAAAAUCGAGGAGAAUGGGGUUUGAAGGGGUGGAGUUCAUUUUUGAGGCGACUCAAAAAUCGAGGAGAAUGGGGUUUGAAGGGGUGGAGUUCAUUUUUGAGGCGACUCAAAAAUCGAGGAGAAUGGGGUUUGAAGGGGUGGAGUUCAUUUUUGAGGCGACUCAAAAAUCGAGGAGAAUGGGGUUUGAAGGGGUGGAGUUCAUUUUUGAGGCGACUCAAAAAUCGAGGAGAAUGGGGUUUGAAGGGGUGGAGUUCAUUUUUGAGGCGACUCAAAAAUCGAGGAGAAUGGGGUUUGAAGGGGUGGAGUUCAUUUUUGAGGCGACUCAAAAAUCGAGGAGAAUGGGGUUUGAAGGGGUGGAGUUCAUUUUUGAGGCGACUCAAAAAUCGAGGAGAAUGGGGUUUGAAGGGGUGGAGUUCAUUUUUGAGGCGACUCAAAAAUCGAGGAGAAUGGGGUUUGAAGGGGUGGAGUUCAUUUUUGAGGCGACUCAAAAAUCGAGGAGAAUGGGGUUUGAAGGGGUGGAGUUCAUUUUUGAGGCGACUCAAAAAUCGAGGAGAAUGGGGUUUGAAGGGGUGGAGUUCAUUUUUGAGGCGACUCAAAAAUCGAGGAGAAUGGGGUUUGAAGGGGUGGAGUUCAUUUUUGAGGCGACUCAAAAAUCGAGGAGAAUGGGGUUUGAAGGGGUGGAGUUCAUUUUUGAGGCGACUCAAAAAUCGAGGAGAAUGGGGUUUGAAGGGGUGGAGUUCAUUUUUGAGGCGACUCAAAAAUCGAGGAGAAUGGGGUUUGAAGGGGUGGAGUUCAUUUUUGAGGCGACUCAAAAAUCGAGGAGAAUGGGGUUUGAAGGGGUGGAGUUCAUUUUUGAGGCGACUCAAAAAUCGAGGAGAAUGGGGUUUGAAGGGGUGGAGUUCAUUUUUGAGGCGACUCAAAAAUCGAGGAGAAUGGGGUUUGAAGGGGUGGAGUUCAUUUUUGAGGCGACUAAAAAAUCGAGGAGAAUGGGGUUUGAAGGGGUGGAGUUCAUUUUUGAGGCGACUCAAAAAUCGAGGAGAAUGGGGUUUGAAGGGGUGGAGUUCAUUUUUGAGGCGACUCAAAAAUCGAGGAGAAUGGGGUUUGAAGGGGUGGAGUUCAUUUUUGAGGCGACUCAAAAAUCGAGGAGAAUGGGGUUUGAAGGGGUGGAGUUCAUUUUUGAGGCGACUCAAAAAUCGAGGAGAAUGGGGUUUGAAGGGGUGGAGUUCAUUUUUGAGGCGACUCAAAAAUCGAGGAGAAUGGGGUUUGAAGGGGUGGAGUUCAUUUUUGAGGCGACUCAAAAAUCGAGGAGAAUGGGGUUUGAAGGGGUGGAGUUCAUUUUUGAGGCGACUCAAAAAUCGAGGAGAAUGGGGUUUGAAGGGGUGGAGUUCAUUUUUGAGGCGACUCAAAAAUCGAGGAGAAUGGGGUUUGAAGGGGUGGAGUUCAUUUUUGAGGCGACUCAAAAAUCGAGGAGAAUGGGGUUUGAAGGGGUGGAGUUCAUUUUUGAGGCGACUCAAAAAUCGAGGAGAAUGGGGUUUGAAGGGGUGGAGUUCAUUUUUGAGGCGACUCAAAAAUCGAGGAGAAUGGGGUUUGAAGGGGUGGAGUUCAUUUUUGAGGCGACUCAAAAAUCGAGGAGAAUGGGGUUUGAAGGGGUGGAGUUCAUUUUUGAGGCGACUCAAAAAUCGAGGAGAAUGGGGUUUGAAGGGGUGGAGUUCAUUUUUGAGGCGACUCAAAAAUCGAGGAGAAUGGGGUUUGAAGGGGUGGAGUUCAUUUUUGAGGCGACUCAAAAAUCGAGGAGAAUGGGGUUUGAAGGGGUGGAGUUCAUUUUUGAGGCGACUCAAAAAUCGAGGAGAAUGGGGUUUGAAGGGGUGGAGUUCAUUUUUGAGGCGACUCAAAAAUCGAGGAGAAUGGGGUUUGAAGGGGUGGAGUUCAUUUUUGAGGCGACUCAAAAAUCGAGGAGAAUGGGGUUUGAAGGGGUGGAGUUCAUUUUUGAGGCGACUCAAAAAUCGAGGAGAAUGGGGUUUGAAGGGGUGGAGUUCAUUUUUGAGGCGACUCAAAAAUCGAGGAGAAUGGGGUUUGAAGGGGUGGAGUUCAUUUUUGAGGCGACUCAAAAAUCGAGGAGAAUGGGGUUUGAAGGGGUGGAGUUCAUUUUUGAGGCGACUCAAAAAUCGAGGAGAAUGGGGUUUGAAGGGGUGGAGUUCAUUUUUGAGGCGACUCAAAAAUCGAGGAGAAUGGGGUUUGAAGGGGUGGAGUUCAUUUUUGAGGCGACUCAAAAAUCGAGGAGAAUGGGGUUUGAAGGGGUGGAGUUCAUUUUUGAGGCGACUCAAAAAUCGAGGAGAAUGGGGUUUGAAGGGGUGGAGUUCAUUUUUGAGGCGACUCAAAAAUCGAGGAGAAUGGGGUUUGAAGGGGUGGAGUUCAUUUUUGAGGCGACUCAAAAAUCGAGGAGAAUGGGGUUUGAAGGGGUGGAGUUCAUUUUUGAGGCGACUCAAAAAUCGAGGAGAAUGGGGUUUGAAGGGGUGGAGUUCAUUUUUGAGGCGACUCAAAAAUCGAGGAGAAUGGGGUUUGAAGGGGUGGAGUUCAUUUUUGAGGCGACUCAAAAAUCGAGGAGAAUGGGGUUUGAAGGGGUGGAGUUCAUUUUUGAGGCGACUCAAAAAUCGAGGAGAAUGGGGUUUGAAGGGGUGGAGUUCAUUUUUGAGGCGACUCAAAAAUCGAGGAGAAUGGGGUUUGAAGGGGUGGAGUUCAUUUUUGAGGCGACUCAAAAAUCGAGGAGAAUGGGGUUUGAAGGGGUGGAGUUCAUUUUUGAGGCGACUCAAAAAUCGAGGAGAAUGGGGUUUGAAGGGGUGGAGUUCAUUUUUGAGGCGACUCAAAAAUCGAGGAGAAUGGGGUUUGAAGGGGUGGAGUUCAUUUUUGAGGCGACUCAAAAAUCGAGGAGAAUGGGGUUUGAAGGGGUGGAGUUCAUUUUUGAGGCGACUCAAAAAUCGAGGAGAAUGGGGUUUGAAGGGGUGGAGUUCAUUUUUGAGGCGACUCAAAAAUCGAGGAGAAUGGGGUUUGAAGGGGUGGAGUUCAUUUUUGAGGCGACUCAAAAAUCGAGGAGAAUGGGGUUUGAAGGGGUGGAGUUCAUUUUUGAGGCGACUCAAAAAUCGAGGAGAAUGGGGUUUGAAGGGGUGGAGUUCAUUUUUGAGGCGACUCAAAAAUCGAGGAGAAUGGGGUUUGAAGGGGUGGAGUUCAUUUUUGAGGCGACUCAAAAAUCGAGGAGAAUGGGGUUUGAAGGGGUGGAGUUCAUUUUUGAGGCGACUCAAAAAUCGAGGAGAAUGGGGUUUGAAGGGGUGGAGUUCAUUUUUGAGGCGACUCAAAAAUCGAGGAGAAUGGGGUUUGAAGGGGUGGAGUUCAUUUUUGAGGCGACUCAAAAAUCGAGGAGAAUGGGGUUUGAAGGGGUGGAGUUCAUUUUUGAGGCGACUCAAAAAUCGAGGAGAAUGGGGUUUGAAGGGGUGGAGUUCAUUUUUGAGGCGACUCAAAAAUCGAGGAGAAUGGGGUUUGAAGGGGUGGAGUUCAUUUUUGAGGCGACUCAAAAAUCGAGGAGAAUGGGGUUUGAAGGGGUGGAGUUCAUUUUUGAGGCGACUCAAAAAUCGAGGAGAAUGGGGUUUGAAGGGGUGGAGUUCAUUUUUGAGGCGACUCAAAAAUCGAGGAGAAUGGGGUUUGAAGGGGUGGAGUUCAUUUUUGAGGCGACUCAAAAAUCGAGGAGAAUGGGGUUUGAAGGGGUGGAGUUCAUUUUUGAGGCGACUCAAAAAUCGAGGAGAAUGGGGUUUGAAGGGGUGGAGUUCAUUUUUGAGGCGACUCAAAAAUCGAGGAGAAUGGGGUUUGAAGGGGUGGAGUUCAUUUUUGAGGCGACUCAAAAAUCGAGGAGAAUGGGGUUUGAAGGGGUGGAGUUCAUUUUUGAGGCGACUCAAAAAUCGAGGAGAAUGGGGUUUGAAGGGGUGGAGUUCAUUUUUGAGGCGACUCAAAAAUCGAGGAGAAUGGGGUUUGAAGGGGUGGAGUUCAUUUUUGAGGCGACUCAAAAAUCGAGGAGAAUGGGGUUUGAAGGGGUGGAGUUCAUUUUUGAGGCGACUCAAAAAUCGAGGAGAAUGGGGUUUGAAGGGGUGGAGUUCAUUUUUGAGGCGACUCAAAAAUCGAGGAGAAUGGGGUUUGAAGGGGUGGAGUUCAUUUUUGAGGCGACUCAAAAAUCGAGGAGAAUGGGGUUUGAAGGGGUGGAGUUCAUUUUUGAGGCGACUCAAAAAUCGAGGAGAAUGGGGUUUGAAGGGGUGGAGUUCAUUUUUGAGGCGACUCAAAAAUCGAGGAGAAUGGGGUUUGAAGGGGUGGAGUUCAUUUUUGAGGCGACUCAAAAAUCGAGGAGAAUGGGGUUUGAAGGGGUGGAGUUCAUUUUUGAGGCGACUAAAAAAUCGAGGAGAAUGGGGUUUGAAGGGGUGGAGUUCAUUUUUGAGGCGACUCAAAAAUCGAGGAGAAUGGGGUUUGAAGGGGUGGAGUUCAUUUUUGAGGCGACUCAAAAAUCGAGGAGAAUGGGGUUUGAAGGGGUGGAGUUCAUUUUUGAGGCGACUCAAAAAUCGAGGAGAAUGGGGUUUGAAGGGGUGGAGUUCAUUUUUGAGGCGACUCAAAAAUCGAGGAGAAUGGGGUUUGAAGGGGUGGAGUUCAUUUUUGAGGCGACUCAAAAAUCGAGGAGAAUGGGGUUCGAAGGGGUGGAGUUCAUUUUUGAGGCGACUAAAAAAUCGAGGAGAAUGGGGUUUGAAGGGGUGGAGUUCAUUUUUGAGGCGACUCAAAAAUCGAGGAGAAUGGGGUUUGAAGGGGUGGAGUUCAUUUUUGAGGCGACUCAAAAAUCGAGGAGAAUGGGGUUUGAAGGGGUGGAGUUCAUUUUUGAGGCGACUCAAAAAUCGAGGAGAAUGGGGUUUGAAGGGGUGGAGUUCAUUUUUGAGGCGACUCAAAAAUCGAGGAGAAUGGGGUUUGAAGGGGUGGAGUUCAUUUUUGAGGCGACUCAAAAAUCGAGGAGAAUGGGGUUUGAAGGGGUGGAGUUCAUUUUUGAGGCGACUCAAAAAUCGAGGAGAAUGGGGUUUGAAGGGGUGGAGUUCAUUUUUGAGGCGACUCAAAAAUCGAGGAGAAUGGGGUUUGAAGGGGUGGAGUUCAUUUUUGAGGCGACUCAAAAAUCGAGGAGAAUGGGGUUUGAAGGGGUGGAGUUCAUUUUUGAGGCGACUCAAAAAUCGAGGAGAAUGGGGUUUGAAGGGGUGGAGUUCAUUUUUGAGGCGACUCAAAAAUCGAGGAGAAUGGGGUUUGAAGGGGUGGAGUUCAUUUUUGAGGCGACUCAAAAAUCGAGGAGAAUGGGGUUUGAAGGGGUGGAGUUCAUUUUUGAGGCGACUCAAAAAUCGAGGAGAAUGGGGUUUGAAGGGGUGGAGUUCAUUUUUGAGGCGACUCAAAAAUCGAGGAGAAUGGGGUUUGAAGGGGUGGAGUUCAUUUUUGAGGCGACUCAAAAAUCGAGGAGAAUGGGGUUUGAAGGGGUGGAGUUCAUUUUUGAGGCGACUCAAAAAUCGAGGAGAAUGGGGUUUGAAGGGGUGGAGUUCAUUUUUGAGGCGACUCAAAAAUCGAGGAGAAUGGGGUUUGAAGGGGUGGAGUUCAUUUUUGAGGCGACUCAAAAAUCGAGGAGAAUGGGGUUUGAAGGGGUGGAGUUCAUUUUUGAGGCGACUCAAAAAUCGAGGAGAAUGGGGUUUGAAGGGGUGGAGUUCAUUUUUGAGGCGACUCAAAAAUCGAGGAGAAUGGGGUUUGAAGGGGUGGAGUUCAUUUUUGAGUCGACUAAAAAAUCGAGGAGAAUGGGGUUUGAAGGGGUGGAGUUCAUUUUUGAGGCGACUCAAAAAUCGAGGAGAAUGGGGUUUGAAGGGGUGGAGUUCAUUUUUGAGGCGACUCAAAAAUCGAGGAGAAUGGGGUUUGAAGGGGUGGAGUUCAUUUUUGAGGCGACUCAAAAAUCGAGGAGAAUGGGGUUUGAAGGGGUGGAGUUCAUUUUUGAGGCGACUCAAAAAUCGAGGAGAAUGGGGUUUGAAGGGGUGGAGUUCAUUUUUGAGGCGACUCAAAAAUCGAGGAGAAUGGGGUUUGAAGGGGUGGAGUUCAUUUUUGAGGCGACUCAAAAAUCGAGGAGAAUGGGGUUUGAAGGGGUGGAGUUCAUUUUUGAGGCGACUCAAAAAUCGAGGAGAAUGGGGUUUGAAGGGGUGGAGUUCAUUUUUGAGGCGACUCAAAAAUCGAGGAGAAUGGGGUUUGAAGGGGUGGAGUUCAUUUUUGAGGCGACUCAAAAAUCGAGGAGAAUGGGGUUUGAAGGGGUGGAGUUCAUUUUUGAGGCGACUCAAAAAUCGAGGAGAAUGGGGUUUGAAGGGGUGGAGUUCAUUUUUGAGGCGACUCAAAAAUCGAGGAGAAUGGGGUUUGAAGGGGUGGAGUUCAUUUUUGAGGCGACUCAAAAAUCGAGGAGAAUGGGGUUUGAAGGGGUGGAGUUCAUUUUUGAGGCGACUCAAAAAUCGAGGAGAAUGGGGUUUGAAGGGGUGGAGUUCAUUUUUGAGGCGACUCAAAAAUCGAGGAGAAUGGGGUUUGAAGGGGUGGAGUUCAUUUUUGAGGCGACUCAAAAAUCGAGGAGAAUGGGGUUUGAAGGGGUGGAGUUCAUUUUUGAGGCGACUCAAAAAUCGAGGAGAAUGGGGUUUGAAGGGGUGGAGUUCAUUUUUGAGGCGACUCAAAAAUCGAGGAGAAUGGGGUUUGAAGGGGUGGAGUUCAUUUUUGAGGCGACUCAAAAAUCGAGGAGAAUGGGGUUUGAAGGGGUGGAGUUCAUUUUUGAGGCGACUCAAAAAUCGAGGAGAAUGGGGUUUGAAGGGGUGGAGUUCAUUUUUGAGGCGACUCAAAAAUCGAGGAGAAUGGGGUUUGAAGGGGUGGAGUUCAUUUUUGAGGCGACUCAAAAAUCGAGGAGAAUGGGGUUUGAAGGGGUGGAGUUCAUUUUUGAGGCGACUCAAAAAUCGAGGAGAAUGGGGUUUGAAGGGGUGGAGUUCAUUUUUGAGGCGACUCAAAAAUCGAGGAGAAUGGGGUUUGAAGGGGUGGAGUUCAUUUUUGAGGCGACUCAAAAAUCGAGGAGAAUGGGGUUUGAAGGGGUGGAGUUCAUUUUUGAGGCGACUCAAAAAUCGAGGAGAAUGGGGUUUGAAGGGGUGGAGUUCAUUUUUGAGGCGACUCAAAAAUCGAGGAGAAUGGGGUUUGAAGGGGUGGAGUUCAUUUUUGAGGCGACUCAAAAAUCGAGGAGAAUGGGGUUUGAAGGGGUGGAGUUCAUUUUUGAGGCGACUCAAAAAUCGAGGAGAAUGGGGUUUGAAGGGGUGGAGUUCAUUUUUGAGGCGACUCAAAAUCGAGAUGGGUUAAGGGUGGAGUUCAUUUUUGAGGCGACUCAAAAAUCGAGGAGAAUGGGGUUUGAAGGGGUGGAGUUCAUUUUUGAGGCGACUCAAAAAUCGAGGAGAAUGGGGUUUGAAGGGGUGGAGUUCAUUUUUGAGGCGACUCAAAAAUCGAGGAGAAUGGGGUUUGAAGGGGUGGAGUUCAUUUUUGAGGCGACUCAAAAAUCGAGGAGAAUGGGGUUUGAAGGGGUGGAGUUCAUUUUUGAGGCGACUCAAAAAUCGAGGAGAAUGGGGUUUGAAGGGGUGGAGUUCAUUUUUGAGGCGACUCAAAAAUCGAGGAGAAUGGGGUUUGAAGGGGUGGAGUUCAUUUUUGAGGCGACUCAAAAAUCGAGGAGAAUGGGGUUUGAAGGGGUGGAGUUCAUUUUUGAGGCGACUCAAAAAUCGAGGAGAAUGGGGUUUGAAGGGGUGGAGUUCAUUUUUGAGGCGACUCAAAAAUCGAGGAGAAUGGGGUUUGAAGGGGUGGAGUUCAUUUUUGAGGCGACUCAAAAAUCGAGGAGAAUGGGGUUUGAAGGGGUGGAGUUCAUUUUUGAGGCGACUCAAAAAUCGAGGAGAAUGGGGUUUGAAGGGGUGGAGUUCAUUUUUGAGGCGACUCAAAAAUCGAGGAGAAUGGGGUUUGAAGGGGUGGAGUUCAUUUUUGAGGCGACUCAAAAAUCGAGGAGAAUGGGGUUUGAAGGGGUGGAGUUCAUUUUUGAGUCGACUAAAAAAUCGAGGAGAAUGGGGUUUGAAGGGGUGGAGUUCAUUUUUGAGGCGACUCAAAAAUCGAGGAGAAUGGGGUUUGAAGGGGUGGAGUUCAUUUUUGAGGCGACUCAAAAAUCGAGGAGAAUGGGGUUUGAAGGGGUGGAGUUCAUUUUUGAGGCGACUCAAAAAUCGAGGAGAAUGGGGUUUGAAGGGGUGGAGUUCAUUUUUGAGGCGACUCAAAAAUCGAGGAGAAUGGGGUUUGAAGGGGUGGAGUUCAUUUUUGAGGCGACUCAAAAAUCGAGGAGAAUGGGGUUUGAAGGGGUGGAGUUCAUUUUUGAGGCGACUCAAAAAUCGAGGAGAAUGGGGUUUGAAGGGGUGGAGUUCAUUUUUGAGGCGACUCAAAAAUCGAGGAGAAUGGGGUUUGAAGGGGUGGAGUUCAUUUUUGAGGCGACUCAAAAAUCGAGGAGAAUGGGGUUUGAAGGGGUGGAGUUCAUUUUUGAGGCGACUCAAAAAUCGAGGAGAAUGGGGUUUGAAGGGGUGGAGUUCAUUUUUGAGGCGACUCAAAAAUCGAGGAGAAUGGGGUUUGAAGGGGUGGAGUUCAUUUUUGAGGCGACUCAAAAAUCGAGGAGAAUGGGGUUUGAAGGGGUGGAGUUCAUUUUUGAGGCGACUCAAAAAUCGAGGAGAAUGGGGUUUGAAGGGGUGGAGUUCAUUUUUGAGGCGACUCAAAAAUCGAGGAGAAUGGGGUUUGAAGGGGUGGAGUUCAUUUUUGAGGCGACUCAAAAAUCGAGGAGAAUGGGGUUUGAAGGGGUGGAGUUCAUUUUUGAGGCGACUCAAAAAUCGAGGAGAAUGGGGUUUGAAGGGGUGGAGUUCAUUUUUGAGGCGACUCAAAAAUCGAGGAGAAUGGGGUUUGAAGGGGUGGAGUUCAUUUUUGAGGCGACUCAAAAAUCGAGGAGAAUGGGGUUUGAAGGGGUGGAGUUCAUUUUUGAGGCGACUCAAAAAUCGAGGAGAAUGGGGUUUGAAGGGGUGGAGUUCAUUUUUGAGGCGACUCAAAAAUCGAGGAGAAUGGGGUUUGAAGGGGUGGAGUUCAUUUUUGAGGCGACUAAAAAAUCGAGGAGAAUGGGGUUUGAAGGGGUGGAGUUCAUUUUUGAGGCGACUCAAAAAUCGAGGAGAAUGGGGUUUGAAGGGGUGGAGUUCAUUUUUGAGGCGACUCAAAAAUCGAGGAGAAUGGGGUUUGAAGGGGUGGAGUUCAUUUUUGAGGCGACUCAAAAAUCGAGGAGAAUGGGGUUUGAAGGGGUGGAGUUCAUUUUUGAGGCGACUCAAAAAUCGAGGAGAAUGGGGUUUGAAGGGGUGGAGUUCAUUUUUGAGGCGACUCAAAAAUCGAGGAGAAUGGGGUUUGAAGGGGUGGAGUUCAUUUUUGAGGCGACUCAAAAAUCGAGGAGAAUGGGGUUUGAAGGGGUGGAGUUCAUUUUUGAGGCGACUCAAAAAUCGAGGAGAAUGGGGUUUGAAGGGGUGGAGUUCAUUUUUGAGGCGACUCAAAAAUCGAGGAGAAUGGGGUUUGAAGGGGUGGAGUUCAUUUUUGAGGCGACUCAAAAAUCGAGGAGAAUGGGGUUUGAAGGGGUGGAGUUCAUUUUUGAGGCGACUCAAAAAUCGAGGAGAAUGGGGUUUGAAGGGGUGGAGUUCAUUUUUGAGGCGACUCAAAAAUCGAGGAGAAUGGGGUUUGAAGGGGUGGAGUUCAUUUUUGAGGCGACUCAAAAAUCGAGGAGAAUGGGGUUUGAAGGGGUGGAGUUCAUUUUUGAGGCGACUCAAAAAUCGAGGAGAAUGGGGUUUGAAGGGGUGGAGUUCAUUUUUGAGGCGACUCAAAAAUCGAGGAGAAUGGGGUUUGAAGGGGUGGAGUUCAUUUUUGAGGCGACUCAAAAAUCGAGGAGAAUGGGGUUUGAAGGGGUGGAGUUCAUUUUUGAGGCGACUCAAAAAUCGAGGAGAAUGGGGUUUGAAGGGGUGGAGUUCAUUUUUGAGGCGACUCAAAAAUCGAGGAGAAUGGGGUUUGAAGGGGUGGAGUUCAUUUUUGAGGCGACUCAAAAAUCGAGGAGAAUGGGGUUUGAAGGGGUGGAGUUCAUUUUUGAGGCGACUCAAAAAUCGAGGAGAAUGGGGUUUGAAGGGGUGGAGUUCAUUUUUGAGGCGACUCAAAAAUCGAGGAGAAUGGGGUUUGAAGGGGUGGAGUUCAUUUUUGAGGCGACUCAAAAAUCGAGGAGAAUGGGGUUUGAAGGGGUGGAGUUCAUUUUUGAGGCGACUCAAAAAUCGAGGAGAAUGGGGUUUGAAGGGGUGGAGUUCAUUUUUGAGGCGACUCAAAAAUCGAGGAGAAUGGGGUUUGAAGGGGUGGAGUUCAUUUUUGAGGCGACUCAAAAAUCGAGGAGAAUGGGGUUUGAAGGGGUGGAGUUCAUUUUUGAGGCGACUCAAAAAUCGAGGAGAAUGGGGUUUGAAGGGGUGGAGUUCAUUUUUGAGGCGACUCAAAAAUCGAGGAGAAUGGGGUUUGAAGGGGUGGAGUUCAUUUUUGAGGCGACUCAAAAAUCGAGGAGAAUGGGGUUUGAAGGGGUGGAGUUCAUUUUUGAGGCGACUCAAAAAUCGAGGAGAAUGGGGUUUGAAGGGGUGGAGUUCAUUUUUGAGGCGACUCAAAAAUCGAGGAGAAUGGGGUUUGAAGGGGUGGAGUUCAUUUUUGAGGCGACUCAAAAAUCGAGGAGAAUGGGGUUUGAAGGGGUGGAGUUCAUUUUUGAGGCGACUCAAAAAUCGAGGAGAAUGGGGUUUGAAGGGGUGGAGUUCAUUUUUGAGGCGACUCAAAAAUCGAGGAGAAUGGGGUUUGAAGGGGUGGAGUUCAUUUUUGAGUCGACUAAAAAAUCGAGGAGAAUGGGGUUUGAAGGGGUGGAGUUCAUUUUUGAGGCGACUCAAAAAUCGAGGAGAAUGGGGUUUGAAGGGGUGGAGUUCAUUUUUGAGGCGACUCAAAAAUCGAGGAGAAUGGGGUUUGAAGGGGUGGAGUUCAUUUUUGAGGCGACUCAAAAAUCGAGGAGAAUGGGGUUUGAAGGGGUGGAGUUCAUUUUUGAGGCGACUCAAAAAUCGAGGAGAAUGGGGUUUGAAGGGGUGGAGUUCAUUUUUGAGGCGACUCAAAAAUCGAGGAGAAUGGGGUUUGAAGGGGUGGAGUUCAUUUUUGAGGCGACUCAAAAAUCGAGGAGAAUGGGGUUUGAAGGGGUGGAGUUCAUUUUUGAGGCGACUCAAAAAUCGAGGAGAAUGGGGUUUGAAGGGGUGGAGUUCAUUUUUGAGGCGACUCAAAAAUCGAGGAGAAUGGGGUUUGAAGGGGUGGAGUUCAUUUUUGAGGCGACUCAAAAAUCGAGGAGAAUGGGGUUUGAAGGGGUGGAGUUCAUUUUUGAGGCGACUCAAAAAUCGAGGAGAAUGGGGUUUGAAGGGGUGGAGUUCAUUUUUGAGGCGACUCAAAAAUCGAGGAGAAUGGGGUUUGAAGGGGUGGAGUUCAUUUUUGAGGCGACUCAAAAAUCGAGGAGAAUGGGGUUUGAAGGGGUGGAGUUCAUUUUUGAGGCGACUCAAAAAUCGAGGAGAAUGGGGUUUGAAGGGGUGGAGUUCAUUUUUGAGGCGACUCAAAAAUCGAGGAGAAUGGGGUUUGAAGGGGUGGAGUUCAUUUUUGAGGCGACUCAAAAAUCGAGGAGAAUGGGGUUUGAAGGGGUGGAGUUCAUUUUUGAGGCGACUCAAAAAUCGAGGAGAAUGGGGUUUGAAGGGGUGGAGUUCAUUUUUGAGGCGACUCAAAAAUCGAGGAGAAUGGGGUUUGAAGGGGUGGAGUUCAUUUUUGAGGCGACUCAAAAAUCGAGGAGAAUGGGGUUUGAAGGGGUGGAGUUCAUUUUUGAGGCGACUCAAAAAUCGAGGAGAAUGGGGUUUGAAGGGGUGGAGUUCAUUUUUGAGGCGACUCAAAAAUCGAGGAGAAUGGGGUUUGAAGGGGUGGAGUUCAUUUUUGAGGCGACUCAAAAAUCGAGGAGAAUGGGGUUUGAAGGGGUGGAGUUCAUUUUUGAGGCGACUCAAAAAUCGAGGAGAAUGGGGUUUGAAGGGGUGGAGUUCAUUUUUGAGUCGACUAAAAAAUCGAGGAGAAUGGGGUUUGAAGGGGUGGAGUUCAUUUUUGAGGCGACUCAAAAAUCGAGGAGAAUGGGGUUUGAAGGGGUGGAGUUCAUUUUUGAGGCGACUCAAAAAUCGAGGAGAAUGGGGUUUGAAGGGGUGGAGUUCAUUUUUGAGGCGACUCAAAAAUCGAGGAGAAUGGGGUUUGAAGGGGUGGAGUUCAUUUUUGAGUCGACUAAAAAAUCGAGGAGAAUGGGGUUUGAAGGGGUGGAGUUCAUUUUUGAGGCGACUCAAAAAUCGAGGAGAAUGGGGUUUGAAGGGGUGGAGUUCAUUUUUGAGGCGACUCAAAAAUCGAGGAGAAUGGGGUUUGAAGGGGUGGAGUUCAUUUUUGAGGCGACUCAAAAAUCGAGGAGAAUGGGGUUUGAAGGGGUGGAGUUCAUUUUUGAGGCGACUCAAAAAUCGAGGAGAAUGGGGUUUGAAGGGGUGGAGUUCAUUUUUGAGGCGACUCAAAAAUCGAGGAGAAUGGGGUUUGAAGGGGUGGAGUUCAUUUUUGAGGCGACUCAAAAAUCGAGGAGAAUGGGGUUUGAAGGGGUGGAGUUCAUUUUUGAGGCGACUCAAAAAUCGAGGAGAAUGGGGUUUGAAGGGGUGGAGUUCAUUUUUGAGGCGACUCAAAAAUCGAGGAGAAUGGGGUUUGAAGGGGUGGAGUUCAUUUUUGAGGCGACUCAAAAAUCGAGGAGAAUGGGGUUUGAAGGGGUGGAGUUCAUUUUUGAGGCGACUCAAAAAUCGAGGAGAAUGGGGUUUGAAGGGGUGGAGUUCAUUUUUGAGGCGACUAAAAAAUCGAGGAGAAUGGGGUUUGAAGGGGUGGAGUUCAUUUUUGAGGCGACUCAAAAAUCGAGGAGAAUGGGGUUUGAAGGGGUGGAGUUCAUUUUUGAGGCGACUCAAAAAUCGAGGAGAAUGGGGUUUGAAGGGGUGGAGUUCAUUUUUGAGGCGACUCAAAAAUCGAGGAGAAUGGGGUUUGAAGGGGUGGAGUUCAUUUUUGAGGCGACUCAAAAAUCGAGGAGAAUGGGGUUUGAAGGGGUGGAGUUCAUUUUUGAGGCGACUCAAAAAUCGAGGAGAAUGGGGUUUGAAGGGGUGGAGUUCAUUUUUGAGUCGACUCAAAAAUCGAGGAGAAUGGGGUUUGAAGGGGUGGAGUUCAUUUUUGAGGCGACUCAAAAAUCGAGGAGAAUGGGGUUUGAAGGGGUGGAGUUCAUUUUUGAGGCGACUCAAAAAAUCGAGGAGAAUGGGGUUUGA